UUGAUUUAUACGCCUGUAGUUUAGUUUGGUAAGCAUUGGGGUUUUUAGGUUAGUUAGUUGUUGUUCUGACAUCUCGGUUUACGGAGAUUUUUUUUUCGUUGAAGUUUUUACGGUUGUGUCUGGUGCUACGUGCCGUAAACGCGUUCAUACGGAAAGAGGGCUAGCCGUUUUCAUGGAACUCGUUUAAAAUCCCCAUUCCGUAAAAGAAAUGAAACCUACAAACUACUAUGACGAAAAUUACGAGGAGGAAGAGGAGCCGAAAUAUGUCAAUUCGGGUACCGGGCAGAAAAAGAGCAACAUUCUGCCACUCUGGGGCAACGAGAGGACGAUGAAUCUCAAUCCUCUUAUACUAACUAAUAUACAAUCCUCACAUUACUUUAAAGUUAAUUUGUAUGGGCUUAAGACUUAUCACGAAGUCAUUGAUGAGAUAUAUUACAAGGUCGCACAUUUGGAGCCAUGGGAGAAAGGAAGCAGGAAGACUGCAGGCCAGACCGGAAUGUGUGGAGGUGUGCGAGGUGUUGGAGCAGGAGGGAUUGUUUCAACAGCAUAUUGCCUUUUGUUUAAAUUGUUUACUUUGAAACUGACUCGUAAACAACUCAACGGCCUUAUAACACACCCAGAUUCACCUUAUAUAAGGGCCUUGGGCUUUAUGUAUAUAAGGUACACUCAGCCACCGCCUGACCUUUGGGAUUGGUAUGAUGAAUAUCUAGAAGACAGCGAGGAACUGGAUGUAAAAGCAGGAGGAGGACAAGUCAUGACUAUAGGCAACAUCCUGAAAACGUUCCUUUGUAAAUUGGAGUGGUUUUCGACAUUAUUCCCAAGAAUACCCGUACCAAUACAACAAAAAAUUGAGAGGAACAUGGCGCUUCGCUUCCCUAGUGGUAUCGGUACACAGAAAUCUACUGCAGUGAGGCGCUCCACAGACACAGAAUACAAUGAAGUAGAUAAAACUAGGCAUUACAAUCCUCUCAAGGACCGCCGAAUCGAGGACGAUGGGAGACUAAGAGAUGACAGGAGAAGGGGCCAUAGUCCAGAAAGACAUAGCAAUGAUAGAGACAAGCGGUGGAAGCACCACAGCCAUGACCGAGGUAGAUAUCGGCAUGGCGAAGAGAAGCGGAGGCAUAGAUCAAGGUCUAGGAGCAGAUCUAGGCAUAGACAUAGGCAUUAAUUUGAAGAUAUAUACAAAUAUUAUUUAAAACAACAGGCUCCAUCCCUUACGUUUUUUCUUACUUGAGGCGAAUCUGUGCAUUUUAUCAAGUUGAAAAGAACAAGAAUUGUAAAAUAAUUUUGAUUGUAUGUUUAUUUACAUUGUACAGUUUGUGAUUAAAUAAAAUAUUUUUACAAAG